AUCGACAACAAUAACACAUCCCUAACUGUCUCUUUUCGUGGUGCGGACGCAAUCUGCAAACUCGUGGCGAAAUUUUGUAUUUAAUUUUUCGUUAUUCAUUCGCAUAGCAAAACAAGAUGCCUGGCGUUGAAACAAUUAAAUCCAGUUGGGCCGAUGAGGUGGAACUCGACUACGGCGGCUUGCCACCAACAACUGAGACGAUUGAGAACGGUCACAAAUAUGUGACUGAAUACAAAUACAACAAGGAUGACAAGAAGACGAAAGUGGUGCGUACAUAUAAAAUUUCGAAGCAAGUUGUGCCCAAGACUGUGGCCAAGCGUCGCACCUGGACGAAAUUCGGUGAAUCGAAGAACGACAAACCCGGCCCCAAUUCCCAGACCACAAUGGUCUCCGAAGAGAUCAUAAUGCAAUUCCUUAACUCCAAGGAGGAUGAGAAGGCCAACGAUCCACUGCUGGACCCCACCAAGAACAUUGCCAAGUGUCGUAUUUGCAAUGGUGAGCAUUGGUCCGUCAACUGUCCAUACAAAGGCACCGCUAUGGAUACGAAUCUUAUGGAGAAGAAGGCAGCCGCUGCCGCCUCGGCAGCUGUGGAUGCACCCAAGUCGGGCAAAUAUGUGCCACCGUUCCUCAAGGACAGUCAAAAGGGUGGCAUGGGAAUGCGUGGACGUGAUGAUACCGCCGCCAUUCGCAUCUCCAACUUGUCCGAGUCGAUGACCGAAGCCGAUCUGGAGGAGCUGGUGAAGAAGAUUGGACCACAGAGUAAAAUGUAUUUGGCGCGCGAUAAAAACACCGGCCUCUGCAAGGGUUUCGCCUACGUGCAUUUCAAACAGCGCAAGGACGCUGCGGCGGCUAUCGAAAUCCUCAAUGGUCACGGUUAUGAUCACUUAAUUCUGAGCGUCGAAUGGUCCAAGCCACAGAACAAUUAAAAAAAAAAGAAAAUACAAAGAAAACAGCGUGACGUGGAGAACGACAUAAGGAUAUCGUGUGUAUAAGCUAGUGGCGAAGGAUUUUUUUUUUUUUUUGGUUUUUCACUUAUCAAAAGGCCCAAGCAUACCGCAUUUUGUUAAAGUAAAUAUAGUACGAAAGGUAUCUAAGCUAAAUACAUCUAAAAACAAUAAUAACAAAUAAAAUAA